AUGAAGAAAAGUGACAGGAGACCAGCAGAUGAAGAAGUGACACUUAGGAGACCAGUGGAUGAAGAAGUGACACUUAGGAGACCAGCAGAUGAAGAAGUGACACUUAGGAGACCAGCAGAUGAAGAAGUGACACUUAGGAGACCAGCAGAUGAAGAAGUGACACUUAGGAGACCAGUGGAUGAAGAAGUGACACUUAGGAGACCAGCGGCGGAAGAAGUGACCCUUAGGAGACCAGCGGCGGAAGAAGUGACACUGAGACCAGCGGCGGAAGAAGUGACACUUAGGAGACCAGCGGCGGAAGAAGUGACACUUAGGAGGCCAGUAGGUGAGGAAUUCUUACCACUUAAACAAAUAAUAAAUGAAGAACCUAUUGUUAAUUUUAGGAAUGGUGAGUUUCAAGACUGUGGUUUAACUUCGGAACACUCAUCAACUACAGAAACAAGACCUACCUUUGCAGAAACCCAUUCAGCUCCCACAAACUCAAUGACCAAAGAAAGUGUCACUGGUACACAGCCAAAACCUGAUGAAGACACAGCAGUAAGUCUUCCAGGUCCAGCAGGUGAGGAUGAACCAAAUUCAAUGACUCCAAUCGCAAUGAAAACAAAUGCUGAAGCUAAUAGUGGAAGAGCUGCUGACGAAGGUGGAGAGUUUGUUACACUGAGAAAUCAUGAAUUAGAAAAAGUGAAUGUGACUGAUUUUAGCCUUGACGAAAUCGAACACAAAGCUCCCGUGACUUUAAGAACUGGCAGUUUAACAAAUAACAGAGAAGUGUUAAGCACGAAUGAAUGUAAAAGAAAGUAUAGAAAAGUAAUACAACCGGCCAAGCCCGCAAGAAGUAAACGCACAGCUGACAAAAGUUUACCUGGUCGCGCCAACGACAAAACUUGCCAACGUACACCAGGUGAUGACGAGAAUUGCCGAUUCCAAAAAUUAUCUCCUUGCGAGUCUCAGAAUAAGGGUGUACUAAACGUCCCUCUUGAAAUGACUCCUGGGUGCGAGACGACAAAGGCUACACGUCCCUCACCCCAGGAUGAUGAAAAACAGGUAAGUGAUAUGAAUCGGAUUCUUGCUUCUCUCUCUGAGCUGGAAGAUAACAGUAGCCAACCUAUUAACCAUCAGUGUGAAGAUAUUAGGUCAAGCAAGGCCUCACAAGCUGUCGACGAUCUGAGAGUGCUGCAUAAACCACCUAUUCAGAGUACUACAGAUAGAAGUACCUUGGGUUCUCCAGGAAGUUUAACCCAAUUCAACAAGAUAGGUGGCUACCCAAAGAAACGUGUGACUGCCCCUGCUCCACCUAACUCCGGGACAAACACGCCGCUCACAUCUGACCCACACAAUUAUAGCUCCCAGGACAACGCGCCCAAUAAGCCGCCACGAGAAAGCCUCAAUGAGCAGUACCUGCGCAGUCUAGAAUUAGACCAGGACCCGUGCCCUGAACACCGCGCAGCCCUCAACUUCUAUUGCACCAAGUGCCGUAUGGUGAUCUGCCGGGACUGUACAGUGGUGGCACACCAGCAGCAAGAGGCCCACCGGGUCCUUGACACCCCUGAUGCCCUGGCAACACUCAGGACCGAGGCAGUCACACUCCUCCGACACUAUUCACUCAUCAAGUCCAUCCAUGACAUGCUCAACCAAAUUUACUACAAGUAUAUCAAAUACUCAAGUCCGAACUAUAAGAACGAGUCCAUUACCUCGCGCCUGCGCCUGGUGGACGGGGAGUUCCUGGAGAGGGUGGUGAAGGAGGCGGAAAUAGUGGUGGCAACAGGGAGGAAUCUGAAGACGGUCCGUGAACUAGUGAAGAAGUGGGAGGAGCACCAGCACGACUGGGACGACCUUGUCUUUCUCUCCCUCCGCAACACACUACUCACUAACUUCACUGCUGCCAAGGACAAAGUCUACCUCAGGCUUGGGGACUGGGUGAUGCCUACACCCUGGGUACAUCUAAGUCACCUGCUGCAGCACUGCCUUGGGGAUAGCGCUCCACCCUCCCGCCAUGUACUCCAGGUGCUACCUUCUACCAGGAGCAAAAGCCCAACACCUGGCAGUGGUAUGUCGUGUGGAGGGGCUACUGACUUAGUCUUCCCUCGCAAUGCUCGUCAUGUUGUUCUCUCUGACCUUAUCCCUUACAUCAUCCUCAACCCGGACAUCAGGUACUUUAUACAGAUAAGCGACCACAAUGACCUGGAUGUGACACUGAUCGUGGUUCCAGCUAAGGAACAUUCACAGGAUUAUCUUAAAAACCGUCUCCGCAAUGCCACCAAGUCUCCUGCAAGUUUGCGUAAAGUCGGCUAUGCUCCCGCAGAAGACUCAUUCACCUUGGUAGAAAAGCAAAUGAUGAUGGGAGGUAGAUGCAAGACACGUCUAAUAGCAUCUUAUAUGCCAAGCAGCACUUCUGGAACAUCUUUUCAAAAAGUAGUGAAAGUGAGCUUCCGUGAUGUGAAGGUGGUGGACGGAGGGCUUGGGCUUCCUGCGGCUAAAGGUGGAGUCAAGCGAGGGGACGUGGUGGUAGACCAAGACUCAAAUGGAUAUCCCGUCCUGUGUGUGGCUGUACGUGAUGUUGGGGAUAUUCCGGCUCUCCGUUUGGGGCGUGUCACCUAUGGUCUAGAUGGCCUCACCUGCCUGGUGGAAGCAGAGGAUACAAAAAGAACAGAAAACACUGGUUUCCGUAAGAAGAUUUUGGCUACAGUUCGACGUGAGGAGGAGGCUGUGUAUCAGGUCACUUUUGGUAUAGACCUCUAACAAUAAACGAUGGGGCUGCUAUGAACAAAAAUUUCAACUAGAAAUAAUAAUGACCAGAAAUAGGGGGAAUUAUGGUCUUAUAUUCUUGGCAUACAGCAAGUAAUGAAACUGACAAUUUCAAACUGAAUUUUUUAAAUUUUAAAUACAGCAUUCAAAACCUGUUAUCUUUUUGGAGGGGCAAAGAAAAUAUCUUUGAAAUUCUGUCUUUUUGGUUAUAAGUUUUCAAUGAAUAUCACUUUUAAUGUGCAGUAUCACACUCUCGCGGAACACUGAUUUUUAAAGUGAAAUCUUACCAAGGUCUCUAAUGUUCACAGAUUUAUUAAAUAACAGCAUUUAGAAUUAUUUAGUCAAGUAGGAACAUCAUAGGUGUAGUGGCUGAAUGGUAGGUGCCCCAACUGUACAGUAACAUGAUGCAUAAAAUGGUGACGAUUUAGAACAAACUUUAUAUUUAUGUAUUAGUAAUAUACUGGUUGUGCACUCAUUAACUGGUUAUAUCUGAAAUCACAGUACAGUAUAUAGUGGAACUUUGAUAAUCCAACAUGGUUGGCACUGAAGCCAAGAAUGCGUGCCUGACGUUUAAA